AUGUCCAACGAUCGUCGUCUUAAAAACCUAAGGACCCGGCACAGGAGUUUGCUGGCAUCCUUCUCUAACAUCCGGGCAUUCGUUGAAACCUACGAUGAAGAACAACACGAAUGUCAAGUUGCUGGUCGUCUAGAGCACCUGGUGUCGUUGUGGAAUGAUUUCAACGGAGUGCAAACGGAGUUAGAAACUCUGGAUGAAGCUGAGAUCGACAACCAUCUGAAGCAACGCAUCGAGUUUGAAUCUUCAUUUUUCGAAGUCAAGGGAUUUCUGUUAUCGAAAAAUAAACAUUCUCCGUCGACGCCAGCAUCGUCAUCCUCUCAUUCUGCGCCUCAUAGCCCUGCUUGGUCGUCACAUGUAAGACUACCCGACGUGAAACUUCCGGUCUUCAGCGGUAGCAUCGACAGUUGGCUCAAUUUUCAUGACUUGUUCGUCUCGCUGGUCCACUCUUCUCACGAACUGUCUAAUAUACAAAAAUUCUAUUACCUCCGCUCUUCGCUAAGUGGAGAAGCCUUGAAGCUGAUCCAAACAAUCAACAUCAGCGCAAACAACUACAUCGUCGCUUGGACCCUUUUGGUUGAGCACUAUCAGAAGCCUGCACGGUUGAAGCAAUCGUAUGUGGAUUCCUUGUUCGAGUUUUCUACUUUGAAGCGUGAAUCAUCUACGGAACUGCGUUUUCUUGUCGAAAGGUUUGAAGCAAAUGUGAAAGUCCUUAAGCAACUGGGGGAGAAAACGCAAUUUUGGGACAUCCUUUUGAUAAGAAUGCUUAGCAUCAGACUCGACCCGACUACGAGACGUGACUGGGAAGAACACUCAUCGACUCUAUCGACAGUUACUUUCCACGACCUCACUGAAUUCAUCCAGCGACGUGCCAGUGUCCUUGAAGCCCUUUCGAAAAACGUAGAACCAGUAUCGAACAAUGUCAUCAAGAAAUCUCCUACGCGCUUGAUCGCCAGCCAUCGAGCAAAUCAAUCCAAUUUCCGAAAGUGUGUAGUUUGUUCCGACCAUCAUCCGCUAUAUUUAUGCUCGACCUUUUCAAAACUUAGUCUCGAAGAGAAAGAGAGGGAAGUUCGCCAACACCAGCUGUGUCGAAACUGCCUUAGAAAGGGCCACCAGGUUAAGGAUUGUUCUUCAACAAGUGCCUGCAGAUACUGCCGUAACCGUCACCACUCGCAACUUUGUUCCACUGGAAUCUCCAAGACUUCCGACACAACGAAGCAACGACAACCAACUACUUCUUCGAACCCACAGCCGUCAGUGUCACUCCCUGCUGCUUCUAUCGAGGCUCCAUGUUUCACAACCUCCAAAAACAACCGCAAAACUAUCCUCCUGGCAACUGCAUUACUCAGCCUCGUCGAUGACAACGGAACAGAGCACGUAGCCCGUGCACUUCUCGACUCCGGAAGUGAAUCUUGUUUCAUCACGCAAUCUUUCUCUCAGCUCAUCAAGGUCCAUCGCCAAAAGCUGAACUGUCCCAUCGUCGGAAUUGGCCAGUCCACAACGCAAGCUCGCUUCAAAAUUCGUUCUUCUAUUCGCUCACGUGUGUGCCAGUACUCCACCACAUUAGACUUUCUUGUGUUGCCGAAGGUUACUAUAGAUCUCCCAUCAACCGAAAUAAAUGCAUCAUCGUUGAAGAUUCCACCUGGAAUAGAGCUUGCCGAUCCGUCCUUCCACAAAACCAGUCGAAUCGAUAUGAUUUUAGGAGCAGAAAUCUUUUUUGAGCUGUUCGAAACCUCCGGAAGAAUCAAUCUUGGUGAUGGCCAACCAACGCUCAUCAAUUCUGUCUUCGAUUGGGUGGUCUCGGGUGAGUGCGAACAACUUCCACCAACCCGACCUAUUGUGGCAAAUCUUGCAACGAUCAGUGACCUCAACAAUCUCAUGGAGCGUUUUUGGUCAAUUGAAGACGACAGCUCCUCGCCAAGCUACUCCGUCGAAGAAGCAGCUUGCGAAACUCACUUCCAGCAGAACGUCAGGCGCACUCCAGAAGGCCGAUACUGCGUCCGUUUACCCGUCAAGAAUAACGUCCUCGAUAAUCUCAGCGACAAUCGCCGAACCGCUCUGCGACGCUUCCACAUGCUCGAGAACAAGCUCAACCGCGACGAGGGUCUUAAGCAACAAUACGACAGCUUCAUGAAGGAGUACGAAUCACUGGGCCACAUGCAGAAGGUAUUCGACUACGAGCAACCACCCACACCUUGCUAUCAUUUACCCCAUCACGCUGUUAUCCGUGAAGACAGCACCACGACGAAAGUACGCGUUGUCUUUGACGCAUCAUGCAAAACUCCCAGUGGCCCUUCCCUAAACAACGCUCUAAUGGUCGGACCCAUCGUACAGCAAGACCUACGCUCUAUUAUCAUGCGCUCCAGAAUCCGGCCGAUCAUGCUGCUAGCUGAUAUCAAGCAGAUGUACAGACAAAUUCUCGUCGACGAAGGUGACACCCCCUUGCAGCGAAUAGUGUGGCGAACCUCACCCGAGGCACCAAUGCAGACCUACGAACUGAAGACCGUGACGUAUGGGACAGCGAGCGCUCCCUACUUGGCUACAAGAGUACUGCAACAGCUGGCAGAGGAUGAACAUGAGAGGUUCCCCCGAGCAGCGAAAGUUCUCAGAAGGGACUUUUACGUCAACGAUCUUUUCUCUGGGGCCGAUUCUAUCCAAGACGCCAUCAAUCUCCAAAAACAGCUUGACCAGUUACUUCGCAAGGGAUGCUUCGAGCUUCGCAAAUGGGCUUCCAACGUAGCUGCUGUUCUUAAGGAUGUCUCUCCAGAAAACCGGGCGGUCCAAUCUUCUGUCGAUCUCGACCGAGAUCAGUGCCUGAAAACGCUUGGCUUACACUGGGAGCCAGCACCGGAUCACCUACGCUACCGAAUCAACCUCCCCGAGUCUCCACCGGAACAACCGUUGACCAAACGCAUCGCACUGUCACAUAUUGCUCGCCUUUUCGAUCCCCUCGGACUGCUGGGUCCAGUAGUCACUUCCGCCAAGCUUUUCAUGCAAGCCCUGUGGGGCUUGAAAAACGACGACGGUAAAUGCUGGGACUGGGACCAAGAACUUCCGUCUGCGGCCACAUCCUUUUGGAAAUCGUAUCACUCCCAACUUAUCCUACUUAACGAACUUCGAAUAGAACGUUGCAUUUUGCAUUCAAAUCCAACCUCAGUGCAACUUCAUAUCUUCUCCGACGCUUCUGAGCGUGCAUACGGCGCAUGCGCUUAUGUUCGUUCCACCGAUUCUUCAGACCUCGUAAAAGUUGCACUUCUAACAGCUCGAUCAAAAGUCGCACCCCUGCAUCGUCAAAGUAUCCCACGUCUCGAGCUCUGUGGUGCACUUAUUGCCGCCGAACUUUACAAGAAAGUCAUGCUAUCGCUUCAGCUUCAACCAGAAACCUUCUUUUGGGUCGAUUCAACGACGGUCCUCCACUGGCUCAAAUCUGCUCCAUCAUCCUGGGUGACCUUCGUAGCGAACCGGGUGUCGAAGAUACAACUCGCCACCGAGAAUUGCUCCUGGAACCACGUUCCAGGAUAUGAAAACCCAGCAGACCUUCUAUCACGCGGCACGACAGCUGAAACUCUCCUCCAGUCCGACCUGUGGUGGCAUGGGCCUGAUUGGUUAAAAUGCGGCGCAGAUAAAUGGCCAACUCAACAACACAUCAGCCAAUACAAUUCUGAAGUCCUUCAAGAAGCACGAAAAACACCAAUAUCUGUCAUCACUGCAACUUCUACGGAAUCCUUCAUCAACGAUCUUACUGAGCGGUUUUCCUCAUUUCGCCGAAUGGUCAACACCAUCGCUUACUGUAGGCGAUUAAAAUUCAAGAAAGCCGAUCGUCCUAGCAGCACAAUACUGUCUUGUGAGGAAAUCGAAGCAUCCGAAAAUGCACUCAUUUCACUUGUCCAACAGCAGGAGUUCAGCAGCGAAUGGUCACAGCUACAACAAGGCAAACCUGUCCCAACAAAGUCCCGCCUCAGAUGGUUCCAUCCGUUUCUGUCUGAAUCUCGAGUCAUUCGGAUUGGGGGCAGGCUCAGUCAUGCAACGUUACCCUACAACACCAGACAUCAAAUCCUGCUACCAGGCACACACCGUUUUUCCAAGCUCCUAGUUCAACAUCACCACGCGAAACAUCUACACGCUGCACCGCAGCUUCUCAUCAGCUUGCUUCGAACCCAGUAUUGGAUAAUAGGGGCCAGGGACUUAACGAAGCGUGUCGUACAUGCCUGCGUGAUUUGCUUCAGAGCCCGUCCAAAACAACUAGAGCAGUUCAUGGGGGACUUACCAGCCAAUCGUGUGAACAUGGCCCGUCCGUUUGCGAUCACCGGCAUCGAUUAUUGGGGACCCAUCCAGAUCCAACCAUCUCAUCGUCGUGCUGCUCCUCGGAAAGUCUAUGUGUCAGUCUUCGUAUGCUUCUGUACGAAAGCUGUCCACAUUGAACUUGUCUCUGACCUCACCGCUGCCAAGUUCAUACAAGCUUUACAGCGCUUCGUCUCUCGUCGUGGGUUGUGCUCUGAAAUCUACAGUGACAACGGUCGUAAUUUCGUCGGAGCUGCUAACGAAUUACGGCAAAUAGUUCGCAGCAAGGAGCACCAAAAAGCGCUGGCGGAGGAAUGCACCAACAACGGUAUUAGGUGGCACUUUAACCCACCUAAGGCUUCGCACUUUGGUGGUCUAUGGGAGGCCGCAAUCGCUUCAGCUCAAAAAAACUUUCUUCGUGUCAUUGGAAAUCACACUCUGCCGUAUGACGAGAUGGAAACUCUUUUAGCGCAAAUUGAGAGUUGCUUAAAUUCCCGACCGAUAUCAUCAUUAAGUGAUGAUCCAUCCGACUUCGAUCCUCUGACACCGGGGCACUUUUUAGUUGGUGGCGCCUUAAAAGCAGUUCCUCAACUAGACCUGUCCUCCAUUCCCUACAAUCGGCUCAACAAUUGGCAUCGCACACAAAAGCUCCUACAGGACAUUUGGAAGCGCUGGCAACUUGAGUACGUGUCAACUCUCCAGCAGCGUUCGAAAUGGUACAAGCCGCCCGUCAUCAUCCAAAAAGGUUGCCUGGCACUUCUCAAGGAUGAAAACACACCGCCGAUGAGCUGGAAGCUGGCUCGAAUCACCGAUCUGCAUCCCGGACCAGACGGAAUUACAAGAGUCGUAUCACUUCGCACAUCCAACAGCAUCUUUACUCGACCGGUGGCAAAAAUCUGCUUGCUACCUAUAGAACCACCAUCAGCUGGAACAACUUCUCCGCCAACCAGCAACGAAACUCCUGAUUCUCCGAUGAAAUGCAGCAACUAA